CGGCUCCUCCGACUCUAUCCACAUCUGGCACCGAGGAAAAUUUCGCUACGGUACAAAAUCCCGAGGCAUGAUUCGACUCCCACACCAGCACGAUUAGCUAGCUGUAGCUGACAGCCAAACCAAGAAAUCGCCAUGCUUUCCCCUGCUCAUCUCGCCUUCGCCGCCGCUUUCCUCCUCGUCUUCCGGUCAUCGGCGCCUGCCGCUGCCGCCCGACCGAUCUUCGACGGCAAGCCCUCCCCCUCCGAGGCCACCGCCACCGCGAGGUGGCUCGCCGCCCAGAACACGUGGGGUGUCCUCAGCACAAUAUCAAGUGACUUAAGCGGAGCUCCAUUUGGCAAUGUAGUUUCGUAUAGUGAUGGAGUUCCAGGGGAGGGCCGUGGAAUCCCUUACUUUUAUCUGACAACUCUGGAUCCUACUGCAAGAGAUGCACUGGAGGAUGAAAGGACCUCCUUUACCCUUAGUGAGUUCCCUCUGGGGACAUGUGGGAAAAUAGAUCCUGAAAACCCCACUUGUGCAAAACUUACUCUUAAUGGAAAGUUGAAGAUGGUUGACCUUCAGUCAUCUGAAGCAGAUUUGGCCAAGUUAGCACUUUUCACCAAACAUGCUGAAAUGAAGGAUUGGCCAAAGAAUCAUCAUUUCAAAAUCUUCAAAUUGGAAAUCGAAAACAUAUUCUUGAUUGAUUGGUUUGGAGGUCCUAAACCGAUAUCCCCCUCCCAAUACCUUGAAUUCGGAAGGAAUCAGUCAGUGAUGUCCUCAUAAGGGAAGAAUGCUUCAUGGAUCUAUAUCCGUCUGUGUAUGCUCUUCUUACAAAUGAAAUACAUAUUGCACAUAUUGUAACAGAAUAAACUUUUAGUGUUAUAGUUGUUUGGUAUUGUUGUCCAUCACAUCUUCGUGAGCAAUUACUUGACAAAAAAAAAAGGUCUGUGUAUUUUAUGCGCUAUGCAUUAUGGUCUGGCCUUGUUUAGAUCCAAGAACUUUUUAAACCCUAAACACUGUAGCACUUUCGUUUUUAUUUGACAAAUAUUAUUUAA